AUCGUGGUGUUCCACGAACGGGCUGUAGCGGCGAGCGCUUAUACGCAGUUACUUGCCCUCGUCGGGCGUUGAGCCACUCUUGUUCUUUGACGCGUUGCUCGGAGCGACGGAAAGAGCACAAGAAAUAUGUUCUCUUCCUUUGGGAACACACAGAAUCCGGGCCAGCAGCCUCAGCAGCAGGGCGGGGCACCCGCCCCAUCUGGAGGUCUGUUUGGUUCGACCAAUAACGCGUCACAACCUGCAACAGGUGGUACGUCUCUGUUUGGAAACAAUCAGCAGCAGAACCCGCCCGCCGGAGGGAACCAGCAGACUGGAGGCACGACGGGCGGAGGCUUGUUUGGCGGGACGAACACGCAAUCUGGAGGUGGUGGAGGAUUGUUUGGAAACCCGAAUCCGUCAAACACGCAGCAGAGUGGGGGAGGAUUGUUCGGAGGCUCGAACACUCAGAACACGCAGCCUGGAGGUGGAUUGUUUGGGAGUACCAACACGGCGAAUACACAGCAAUCAGGUGGAGGUUUGUUUGGCAACACGUCUGCACAGCCGACCACUGGAGGAUUCUUUGGUAACCAACCUGCUGCAGGAACAUCCACGGGAAACCCGCUGUUCGGCAAUGCCGGCUCUUCGAACACGACUGGAGGUGGUCUCUUCGGCAACACGACCGGAGGAACGAACACCACCCAGCCUUCGGGCGGGCUGUUUGGCAGCACAAACACGUCGAGCAACACCGGCGGGACGGGAGGCGGGCUGUUUGGGAACGCAGGAGGAACAAAUACGAACACGACGGGCGGUGGCUUGUUCGGUAAUACCUCAACAAACACGUCUGCUCCGAGUGGCGGCCUCUUUGGCUCGACAAAUACGAACACGAACACGACUAAUGCCAGUGGAGGACUGUUCGGAAACGCUAACCCAGCGCCAGCAACCUCAGGCGGUCUGUUCGGAAGCACGACCACUACCCCGAAUCCGGUCCCCGGUCUCUUCGGAAACCAGUCUCAAGCAGGUCCCAGCACCAACCAGCUCUUCGGCGGCUCGACUCUCGGCCAGGCCCCUCAACAGCAACGAACGGGCUCGCUCUUCGGCGGAAGCACGCUAGGCGGCUCUCUCGGCGCCACACAAGGCAAUCUGUACUCAUCGCGCGCAUUGGUGCCCGCCGGGCAGACUCAGGCAGACGCCCAAUCGCAGUUUGUGUCGCUGCAGCAGCGGAUCGAGAGCAUAUACCACGCGUGGAACCCUGCGUCGCCGCAGUGUCGGUUCCAGCAUUACUUCUACAACCUCGUGGACCCAUCGCAAGUACACUUGUAUGGGCGCCCUGCGAACGCGACAAACGAUGCGUUAUGGCAAAAAGCCGUCAGGGAAAACCCGGAUCCGAGCUGCCUUGUCCCCGUGAUUGCGAACGGCCUCGAUGACCUGCAAAAACGUGUAGAGGCGCAGACACAACAAGCCGCAAUGCACCAAGAAAAGCUGAAGGAGCUCCGAACGCGUAUUCAAGCUCUCGCCCAGCGACACGAAUUGUCGAACGCAUCGCGCCUGCACCGCGCCGCGGCGCUUCAGACGCAGCUCACGCAUCGCGUGCUGAAGGUCGUGCAGCAUCUGCAUCUAUUGAUACCCGCCGUGCGCUCGUCCGCGAUCCGGCCAGAAGAAGAGGCCCUCCGCACGGCCCUGGAAGAUAUCGAUCAGGAGAUCCGCCGACCUGGUGGGACGGGCAGGAUACGUGGCAAGCUGAACGAGCUCUGGGCGCUUGUUGGCGCCGUCACGGCGGCGCGGGAGCGAGAUCGCAAGACGGGCGGCGUCGAGUGGGCCGUUGUGGACGAGGAGGGGCUCCAGCAGAUCGCACAGAUUCUGGAGCAAGAGCAGGCGGGGCUGGCGCACUUGACGAAGAUAUUGCAGAAAGAUCUGAGGGAUCUGGCUGUGAUCCAAGGGACUGCUGUGAAGGAGGAGGAGCCGGACCUUUUAAUGAGCUCUACGUCGACGCUGCGGGGGAGCACUGUAUACUAGUUGCAAGCUUUCUGUAUGAUUCUGCGCAUAAUGGGCUGUUGUAGUAUGGCGAGAUACGCGUUCGUUCUCUUGCA